AACCUUCAGCCUGCCCGUCCGCCGCCCCGCGCGUCCCCGCUUCCUCCUCGCUCCUCCCGCUCCCCGCGCCCCCGCGCCCCCGCGCGCGCGCACCCGCUUGCCUGCUUCCAGCCGCUGCCGGGGCCAUGGCGAUCUGCUUCAGGCUGCGGAGCUGCGGGGCCCCGCGCCUCCGGCCGCCUCCUCCUGGCCGCCUCCUCUGCCCCCGCGCCGGCGCCUCGGGGCCCGCGCCCAGCCCGGCUCAGCCCCGCUGCUACGCCGGGGGCCCGGCGGGCCUCUCCGCGGCGCUGCUGCGCACAGACAGCUUCGUGGGAGGCCGCUGGCUCCCGGCCGCCGCCACCUUCCCGGUGCACGACCCGGCCAGCGGCGCCGCGCUGGGCAUGGUGGCCGACUGCGGGGUGCCCGAGGCCCGCGCUGCCGUGCGCGCCGCGUACGAGGCUUUCUGCACCUGGAGGGCGGUCCCGGCCAAGGAAAGAAGUUCAUUACUGCGGAAAUGGUAUGAGUUAAUGAUACAAAAUAAGGAUGACCUUGCCAAGAUAAUCACAGCUGAAAAUGGAAAGCCUCUGAAGGAAGCACAGUCAGAAAUUGUCUAUUCCGCCCUUUUCCUAGAGUGGUUUUCAGAGGAAGCGCGCCGCAUUUAUGGAGACAUUAUCUAUACCUCGGCAAAGGACAAGCGGGCCCUGGUCCUCAAGCAGCCUAUAGGUGUGGCUGCAAUCAUCACCCCGUGGAACUUCCCCAGCGCCAUGAUCACCCGGAAGGUGGGGGCCGCCCUGGCAGCUGGCUGCACUGUGGUCGUGAAACCCGCGGAAGACACGCCCUUAUCUGCGCUGGCCCUGGCCGAGCUUGCAAACCAGGCCGGAAUUCCUCCAGGUGUAUACAAUGUUAUUCCCUGCUCUCGAAAGAAGACCAAGGAAGUAGGAGAAGCACUUUGUACUGAUCCUCUGGUGCCCAAAAUUUCCUUUACUGGCUCAACAGCUACAGGAAAGAUCCUGUUGCACUAUGCAGCAAACUCUGUGAAAAAGGUCUCCCUGGAGCUGGGCGGUCACGCUCCAUUCAUAGUGUUUGACAGUGCCAACGUGGACCAGGCUGUAGCAGGGGCCCUGGCGUCUAAAUUUAGGAACUCUGGGCAGACAUGUGUUUGCACAAACCGAUUCUUGGUGCAAAGGGGUAUCCAUGAUUCCUUUGUAAAAGAAUUUGCUGCAGCAAUGAAGAAGAGUCUACGUGUAGGUAAUGGAUUUGAGGAGGGAACUACUCAAGGCCCAUUAAUUAAUGAAAAGGCAGUAGAAAAGGUGGAGAAACACGUGAGUGACGCAGUUUCCAAAGGGGCCACCGUUGUGACAGGCGGAAAGCGACACCAACUUGGAAAAAAUUUCUUUGAGCCCACCCUGCUCAGCAAUGUCACCCAGGACAUGCUUUGCUCCCAUGAAGAGACUUUUGGGCCUCUGGCACCAGUGAUCAAGUUCGAUACAGAGGAGGAGGCUGUGGCGAUCGCUAAUGCAACUGACGUGGGCUUAGCAGGUUAUUUUUACUCUCAAGACCCAGCCCAGAUCUGGAGAGUGGCUGAGCAGCUGGAAGUUGGCAUGGUUGGCGUAAAUGAAGGAUUGAUUUCCUCGGUGGAGUGCCCUUUCGGUGGGGUGAAGCAGUCUGGCCUUGGGCGAGAGGGGUCCAAGUAUGGCAUCGAUGAGUAUCUGGAACUCAAGUAUGUGUGUUUCGGAGGCUUAUAGGAUUCUCCAGUUCUUUAAAGAAAUGAAACAGGAGGCUUACCGACAUAUACGAGGACGUGCCAUUCGUCAUUUUAAAUAAACUAAUAGGUUAUUGGAAUUACGAAUUUUUCAAAACUCAUCCAGUCCUUGUAAUCUUAAGCAGAUGCAAAUCCUAUCCCUCCCCUAACUAGGGACACCUAAGUAGGGACCAAAAUAUACUACAUACCUGUGGCUGCAGGUUCCAGGAGAGCCAGCCCUGGGUUUAUAGAAUGAAGCCCUUGGAGCACACAACCCUGGCUGCCUCAGAGCAAAGUCCACUGAGGCCGGCCGGCCCCUUUGUACUGUCACAAAGUCUCAGUCACUGCCUGGGCAGUGGCACAACCAUCUCCCACGUGGUUUGGAAUGUGGGCACAGAGCACUUCAAAGGCGACCCCUGACUGUGACUGACAGGCAGGUCGGGGGUCACAGCACCCCCUUCCCUGGCAUCUGCCAGCUCAGGACUGAAGACACUGUGUAUUCAGAGGUUGAAUGAAUGACUUUUGCCCAAAGACUUCUGAAAUAGCACAGAAUUGCCUGUGCUUCUGUGAGGAAUGGAGGUGCACCUUUUCCUGGUUUGGGACCUUUUUUUUUUUUAAGUGAGGUCCUCACUGUCCUAAAUUUACCACUUGAAGAUUUUCAUUUCUAUGCUAUUCACCACUUCAUUUUGUUUCCUUUAGGAGAUGAGCUGAGGCGUAAAGCAAAGCAUAGCAGAGGGAGCUCGGUAGGAUGGAAGGCUCGCCUCGCUCGGCCUGGCUCUUCAGUGGGUGACCUUGUGCCAUGCCAUGUGUGGACAUGCAUUUAGCAUCUCCCGUCCCACGUGCAGAGGGGAGGUUCUAUGCAGGCCUUACUUAGCUUGGUGGGAUACCAUGAGCCUGAGAGAAAGUGAAACUACUUUGCAAAGAAAUGACAGUUUGGAGUAAGCACAGGAGCCGUUGUUAAGAGUGGCCCCACUCAGCCUUACCUGGUGCACUGGCAGCCAUUUUGCCAAAAUGAGGGGAGGCCCUGCCCGUCUGCCCACCAUCCUGAGCCUGAGGGAGUGGCCGCCAUGUGCAGCCUGAGCUCUCUGUCCUGCUGUAGUGCCGCUCCCUCCCCUCUAAUAGAGCAGAAGCACUUUCACAGAGUCCUCUCAAAAGGGAAAAAGAUUUCCAUAAUUGCCAAUUCAUUUUAUAGAAGAGACUUGAGACCUUGAAUUUAUCUAAUAAAUUUUUACAGAUUGUCAUUCAAAUAACACAAAAAACAAAAACUCCUCUGACUGGUAUUACCUCUCACUUUGAAAGAAAAACUCCAAUUAAGAAAAUUCUAGGCUCUUCCAGACAUGCCUCCCAUCCACAUAGCAAUAAAGGCUGUCCCAGGCCAAAUAGGGGGAAAUGAAGCACCUUCCUUUCCCUGCCUCUCUGUGUGUAGACUCUGCUCACAUUCUGUGGGUACUCCUGGCAGUGGAAGGAAAAUGUGAAUGGUGCAAUUAGUGCCGGGUGCAAUUACUCCGGAACCA